CCGGCGGAGAGGCCGGCGGUGCGCGCGCCCGGGCUGGCGUUGGCGCUGGAGGCGGCACCCACGGGGCGAUCCGGGCGAUCGCUGUGGCUUUGGCCUCUCCCGGUGUCGAUGGAGACUCUGUGGCCGCUAGCAGCAGGAUGUCCCAUAUAGAAAACAAUUCCCUGGAGCAGGGAGAUGGACCACAACUUGAGUUCCAAGGUUGUCAUUGACUGCCUACAUGACUUUAGGUCUGGCCCUUAACUCAUCCGAAUAUCUCAAGAUGGCACUUAAUGACUGCUUCAGUUUGACCUACCCAGGAAACCCCCACCCGGGAGACUUGAUUGAAGUGUUUCGUCCUGGUUAUCAGCAUUGGGCUUUGUACUUGGGUGAUGGUUACGUUAUCAACAUAGCUCCUACAGAUGGCAAUCCUUCGACAUUCACAAGCGCCAAGUCUGUGUUCAGCACCAAGGCCCUGGUGAAGAUGCAGCUGUUGAAGGAUGUUGUGGGAAAUGACACAUACAGAAUAAACAACAAAUAUGAUGACACGUUCACCCCUCUCCCCGUGGAGGAAGUCAUUCAGCGGUCAGAGUUUGUCAUAGGACAGGAGGUGUCGUAUGACAUCCUGGACAACAACUGUGAGCAUUUUGUGACUUUGCUUCGCUACGGAGAAGGCGUCUCGGAACAGGCCAACCGAGCAGUAAGUACUAUUGGAUUGGUGACAGCUGUGGUUAGUACCUUCUCAUUUCUGGGCUUGUUUCCAAAAAUACAAGGAGCAAAAUUCCAUUAACAAUUUAUCGAAGAGAUAUUGGAACUGAAGGAAUAUGCGAGGAAGAAAAAAAACUCUGAAAUGAAUACUUAUUUUCAACGCAUCAUAAUUGUUCCUUAUUCUGAUGAUGGACGGCAUGCUCUUUAAUAAAUUGCUUGCUGAUA